CAUCCUCCUUAUCACCUCUUUCCUUGUUGUGCACGUGAGGACCACCACGUGCACCACACUGAACCUGGCAUUAUCAGAACUCGGCUCAGCCAUCCUCCAUUGUACCUGUUCUGGUGUGAUGGCACCGGCAGCUUCCUCUUUUUCCGGAUACUUCACCUCCAUUCUUCUCUUACAGAUGGCAAUACUCACCUCAGAGCAGUUCGCUGUUCGCAGCUCCACUAGUCGCCAGGUGGUCACAGUUGGCGCGCAGACCGAGUUCAGCUGCCAGCUGUCCCCACCCCAGAGUGCACUGCACAUGAAGGUGGGGUGGUUUCGGAAUCAGUCCUCUCAGCUGGUUUACCUGCAUGAGAAUGGGGAGGAACACUCCCGAGAGAGCUCGCGGAACUACGUGAAUCACACCUUAUUCCUGAAGGACGCCCUAGGGGAGGGCAAGAUAUCCCUCAGAAUCUACAAUAUCAGUAUUUUUGAUGGAGGGCUGUACCAGUGUUUCUUUGAAGAUGGUGACACCUAUGAAGAGGCCACUGUGGAUUUGAGGGUGGCAGCUAUAGGCACAGACAUUCAGAUUAAUGUCCAGGUUCUUGACACAGAGGGGCUACUGGUGGUGUGUGACUCAGGAGGGUGGUUCCCGCAAGCUGAAAUGACGUGGAGAGACAGCCAGGGACGUACAAUUCCUCAUUCAUCAAAAUAUUACUCUCAGGAUGGAGCUGGGUUAUUACACCUGAAGAUGAGUGUUCUUCUCAAAAACAGCACCUCUGGUCCUGUCACUUGCUGCUUUUACAACCCAGACACCGGUCAGGAGAAAAGAGCAGGUAUUGUCAUACCAGAUAUCCUGUUGGAAUCGAAGUAUAUGUUCUUGACACUUAAAAUUGUAUACCCGGCGAUAUAUGUGAUCAUUGUGAUCAUUUUGUUUGCUCUUCGGUAUUGCAGAACAACAGUUCAAUCGACUUACCUUCUAAUUGUACUUAAGCUUCUACCUUUCUUGUUACACAUGGCCUUCUUCCCUAUCUACUUCAGUUUCAGGAGCAGAGUCUCUAUUUCAGAUGACCUGCACGCAUUGUACUGUGGAUGGAUGUGGGAUCUAUGCAUAAUGUUGACUUUACUGAUGCUAUUUUUCACUGUGCUAAUUCUUGUUGUACUUCGUUAUCUACAUUUUUAAAUUAUGAAAUGAGGCUUCUCAUCUGAAACAAAGGAGGCUGGAUGGCAAUAAGUGAUGAUCUAAAACUUAGAGGAAGAAGCAUUUUGGUCCAACAGCCUAUAUUUUUUAGUAAAGCCAAGUAAAAAAGUAGAAUAGUUUGUAGAUACCCAAAGAUUGCUAAAACAUAUUACAUGAAUGUCUUGUUUGCAAAAUUUUAUGAGAUUAUUUAUGUCAAAUGUAAUUACAUCAAAAGUAAGAGCUCAAACUGUGAGAAUAAUGUGUAGGAAAAAUGAUAAGCUAAGAAACAAAUAAAUGUAUUGUAAAAUCUAAACAUUGCCCUGAAAUAAUCAAAACGUAUCACAGUCAGAAAUAUAAAUAAAAUAAAAUCUCUUGUUUUAAGAC